AUGAUUACAGAGAAGGAUGUCGAAAAUAUCAUUGAUUGGGAGAAUACCGCUCCCAAGCUAGUGGAGAUACCAUUCAAGCCCGCCCGUGUGCUUCUGCAGGAUUUUACUGGUGUCCCAGCUAUCGUUGAUCUUGCAAGCAUGCGCGAUGCUAUGGCCCGACUGGGUGAUGAUCCUGGCAAGAUUGAUCCCCUGAUUCCAGUGGAUCUAAUCAUUGAUCAUUCGGUACAAGCUGAUGUGGUAAGAUCAGAGAAUGCCCUCCAAGCUAACAUGCAGCGCGAAUUCGACAGGAACAAGGAGCCCUUUGCCUUCCUUCGGUGGGGCUCUAUGGCAUUCAAUAAUAUGCUUAUUGUUCCACCAGGUUCAGGAAUUGUUCACCAGGUGAAUCUUGAAUAUCUUGGACGAGUUGUUUUCAAUACUGAUGGCAUUUUAUAUCUCGACAGCGUGCUGGGAACGGAUUCUCACACUACCAUGAUUGAUGGAAUGGGGGUUGCUGGCUGGGGCGUUGGGGGAAUUGAAGCAGAAGCAACACUGCUUGGUCAGCCAACGAGCAUGGUCUUGCCCAGUGUAGUUGGAUUUAAACUGUCAGGGAAAUUGCGUGAUGGUGUUACUGCAACAACCUAG